AACCUUGGGGUGGGAGUGAGCGUGUGUGGGUCUGUGCUGGGGCGGAUCUCAGGCUGAAGAGAAUUGUUGGCCUUGCCACAUGCCUGUUUCUGUAUGUGAUGUAUUUUUUUUUUUAAUAGAAAAUGGCAGGAAGCCAGUCAGAAAAUCCAGGAACUCCAGGCCAGCCAAGAAGCGAGAGCAGACCAAGAGCAGCAGAUUAGGACCUGCCAACACCCCAGGCCGUGGAGCCCCAGGCCAUUGUGCAGCGGGCCCCAGCCCCCAGUCGAAUGCAGAUGCCGCAGGGGAACCCACUGCUGCUGUCCCACAGCCUGCAGGAGCUGCUGGCCAGGGACACUGUGCAGGUGGAGCUCAUUCCGGAGAAGAAGGGCCUCUUCCUGAAGCAUGUGGAAUAUGAGGUUUCCAGCCAGCGCUUCAAGUCCUCCGUGUACAGACGGUACAACGACUUCGUGGUCUUCCAGGAGAUGCUCCUGCACAAGUUCCCCUACCGGAUGGUGCCUGCCCUGCCACCCAAGAGGAUGCUGGGAGAACCCCACUUCCCCUCUCCAGAGCACAGUGAUGAGGGCUCCCCAGAGCUCCCGAGAGGGCUGCCAGGAACACUAUGCGCUCACCUGGCUGGCAUUACUCUGUCUGCAUCUGCAAAGCCAUCGGAGCAGCCUGAGCCAUGGGCACCAGGAGAGCGCUCGGUGACCUCACGGAAGAGAACAGACAUUUUGCAAGCAGGAAGUCUAAGCUGCGUCUUGCAGGAGAGAAAAAACAGCACAUGGCUGCCACACCUUCACCUCCCUUCCUGAAGACGGCCUUGGGCCAGUGGGAGAUGGUAGCCGACCUUGGAACCCCCCCCAGGGCCUGCGUCCCCCGGGGCUGCAGAGCACAGGCAUGGCGGCUGCCAGCUCCAAUCUCACUGUUGGUCACUCCAUCGGCCCUUUUCUCAAAUUCUGAAUAAAACAUGCUGGGGAGGCGAGUGCUUAGAGCGGAUCAGCUGGCUUUUUGCCAUUCCCAACCCUUCCACAGUCGCCGUGUCCUGGACGGGAUGCAACAUGGGAGCUAACACAGUGGCCAGUUCCCUGCAUCUGAAAUCAUGCAAUGGUGCAUAAAUGCUUCUGCCUCUCGUGGGUCACUGAGCAAGCAAGCAGCCCAGAGCCUGAUGAUGUGAUUUUCUCCCUGCCCCAUGUGAACA